ACAUUCUCAUUUUCCCGCUACUCCGUCGUGAUCUGAAUCUCUCUCAAAUCCAAACUCUCUUCUCUCUCCAUAGGCCGCCCCUAAAUCUCCGCUAAAGCCCUAGCAAAGGUUUGUUAUUUUUUUCAAACCUCUUUCAAUGGCGAUUUACUCUACAGAUACCCUCGUAUCUGUUUCCGCAAACUUUUUCUCUUUCUUUGUCAUUUUGCCAUUAAUUUGACGGUUACAAAGCUUAGGUUAGCUACUCUCUCUCUCUCUCAGUCACUCUUUAUAUAUAGAUGUGUAUAUCAUUGAUUGACAACGGGUGGAUCUUUUGAGCAGUGAAAUAGUCUCGAAGUAAUCGUUUCUCAAUCAAUCGGAUAGAUAUAUGUGAUGGCUGGAGGAAAGGAGGAACUGCAUACAUUUGAUUUUUCAAAAGAGGUCGGAUUCACUUCGUGUUCAUCAAUUUCUGAUAGUAGCUGUGAUGCUAACACACCACGAUCUCACUGCAGUCGUUUAAGCGGUGGUCAAACUAAACGUUCAUCACAAGCAGGCUGGACAGAUGAAGAGGACACUAUGUUGACUGAAGUAGUGAAGAAGUAUAAUGGGAGAAACUGGAAGAAAAUAGCCGAAUCUAUUCCAGGAAGAUCAGACGUUCAGUGCUUGCAUCGUUGGCAAAAAGUUCUUAACCCUGAUCUUGUUAAAGGACCUUGGACCAAAGAGGAGGAUGAUCGUAUUAAGGAGUUGGUUGGAAAACAUGGCUGUAAGAAAUGGUCACUAAUUGCAAAACAUUUAGCUGGUCGAAUUGGCAAGCAGUGUCGUGAGAGAUGGCACAACCAUUUAGAUCCAGCAAUAAAGAAAGAUGCAUGGACAGAAGAAGAAGAAUCAUCUCUCGCAUACUACCACCACAUAUACGGGAACAAAUGGGCAGAAAUUGCAAGAUUUCUUCCAGGAAGGACUGAUAAUGCGAUUAAAAACCACUGGAAUAGCUCGAAGAGGAGAUUGGAUCUAAACAUCCCUCCUGUUUUUCCUACUAGAACAGCAUCCCCUGAGCUUAGAAAGAGAAAUGUUCCGAAUACAUGUUCAACAAAUCUGGCUCUUGGAAACCCUAAAUCUGUUAUUACGGAUGAUGAUAAUUUGGGGUUUUCUAGAUAUACAAAAAUCCGUAAGGUUGAACCAUCUGAUAGUUCUCUUACAACGUCAGAAACGCCUAAGAGGUCAAAAUCAGAUAGUGUUAAAGAUUUGAAAUUUGGGAAUUCGCCCGAUAAUUCAUUUCUAAGUCUUUCAACUUUUGGAUUCAGCGAAGGGAAAUCUCAAAAAUUAGUUUGUGGAACACCUUCUUAUGGGUCCUUGUGUUACCAGCCACCACAGCUGAAGAACUUAGCGAUUUCUUUAGAAAACAACCAUUUUUCUUGCUCGACUCCUCCUGAUCUUGCAUUAAGCAUCUCUGUUAGUAGUCCAGAAUCUAUUUUGAGGAAUUCGGCAAUGAGUUAUAAGAACACUCCUUCAAUUAUAAGGAAGAGAACUCCAAGAAAAUCCGUUAGUGCAACAUCUAGUUAUGAUUUCAGCAAAAAUGUGGAGACUAUUGAAUCGGGAAACACAAAUCGGGGUUCGGAAUCUUGGCUUCAUCGAUCUCAACCAUCGUUAGGAAGGCGUCUGGAUUAUAUGUUUGAUUCGGAAUGGGACCCAACCAUGGUUAGAUGUCGCACCCCCGGUUCGGUUACUCCAUCAUCAAAACCCAACGUCAUGCUCACUCCUUGAUUUAGUUUAAUUAACAUAAUAAUGGUUUCAAGACAAUUGUGAUAUAUAAUAUAGGAGGAUAUAUCUUUUUGAUGGUGGUGCAAUGGAAGUUUCAGGUGAGAAAACUGCUCGUUUUGCCUGAUUUCUAUAUCACAACUUAAGAAUGGCACCAUACUUCUUAUGUGAAUACUUUUUUUUUUUUUUUUUUUUAUGCCUAGAAGAUAGUUUUGUUUUGGACUAUAUGAUAUCAAUAAGGGAGUUGGUUUUGUUGAAGAUAAUGUUUUUUAGGAAAUGGUCGAUUUAAUGCGAGGUACAACUUCUGAUAUGUGAAAUACAUGUCAUAAGUAACAUGAUUGUGUGUAAAACUGAUAAUGAAUGUUGUUCAUUGUUAUGGGAGAAUGAGAGUUUGUUUUGGACUUAUAGAUAGAUGACUACUAUGAUAUGGAAGUACGGAACUUUUAUACAUCAAGUAUUGCUUAUUUUAGAGUAAAUUAUAACUUUAGUCCCUGUGUUUUAUAUCUAUUUGUAGUUUUAGUCUAAUUUUUUGGUUUUUUACAUGGCUCAUCCCUGUGGUUUUCAAAUUUUACAUGCAUGGUCUUUAUGGCUAUAACCCUCUAAGAUGCCCCGUAAAGCUCGAAUGAAAUGACGACAUUGCUUUCAAACCAAAUUAAU